GACUGCAACUUUGAUCUGGGUGCGGGGGGGUUCAAGCAAGUGUGCUGGCUGGGAGAGGAGGUAUAUCAGGUCUCCCAGCUCCCGAUCUUGACCCCCUAGGCCCUGGCUCCUCUCAGCAUCGAGCAGCACCCCUCAAGCUGUACAGUUUCCACCCCGCUCUCUUUUCUUCGGCCCCCAGGAUGCGCUCUACUCCCGUUCUUCGCACAACCCUGGCCGCUGCACUUCCUCUGGUCGCCUCCGCGGCCAGUGGCAGUGGCCAGUCCACGAGAUACUGGGACUGCUGCAAGCCGUCGUGCGCUUGGCCCGGGAAGGCCGCCGUCAGCCAACCGGUCUACGCGUGCGAUGCCAACUUCCAGCGCCUGUCCGACUUCAAUGUCCAGUCGGGCUGCAACGGCGGCUCGGCCUACUCCUGCGCCGACCAGACUCCCUGGGCGGUGAACGACAAUCUCGCCUACGGCUUCGCCGCGACGAGCAUCGCCGGCGGGUCCGAAUCCUCGUGGUGCUGCGCCUGCUACGCGCUCACCUUCACUUCCGGUCCCGUCGCCGGCAAGACAAUGGUGGUGCAGUCAACGAGCACUGGCGGCGACCUGGGAAGUAACCAGUUCGAUAUCGCCAUGCCCGGCGGCGGCGUGGGCAUCUUCAACGGCUGCAGCUCGCAGUUCGGCGGCCUCCCCGGCGCUCAAUACGGCGGCAUUUCGUCGCGCGACCAGUGCGAUUCCUUCCCCGCGCCGCUCAAGCCCGGCUGCCAGUGGCGGUUUGACUGGUUCCAGAACGCCGACAACCCGACGUUCACGUUCCAGCAGGUGCAGUGCCCCGCCGAGAUCGUUGCCCGCUCCGGCUGCAAGCGCAACGACGACUCCAGCUUCCCCGUCUUCACCCCCCCAAGCGGUGGCAACGGUGGCACCGGGACGCCCACGUCGACUGCGCCUGGGUCGGGCCAGACGUCUCCCGGCGGCGGCAGUGGCUGCACGUCUCAGAAGUGGGCUCAGUGCGGUGGCAUCGGCUUCAGCGGAUGCACCACCUGUGUCUCUGGCACCACCUGCCAGAAGUUGAACGACUACUACUCGCAGUGCCUCUAAACAGCUUUUCGCACGAGGUGGCGGGACGGAGCAAGGAGACCGUCAACUUCGUCAUGCAUAUUUUUUGAGCGCUCAAUACAUACAUAACCUUCGAUUCUUGUACAUAGCACGCCGGUACACAUCUCACACCGACUUUGGGGGCGGAAUCAGGCCCGUUUUACCCCGAGUUCGCUGCGACUGCUGGUUGAUUUCCCGUACUGGCGUGUCACCCAGCGCGACGCUGGCCACCCACGGGCAUUGACAAUUUGACAUGCAAUGACCGUCGUAGUUCAUCCAUCCCAUCUGGCACCUCAAGGGAAAAUUCGCCCCCAAAAAGGUGCUAACUAAUUCACCAGAUUACGGAAGACGAGCGGUUGGUUUACCAAGGUGCAGCUACCGGAUCCGGUCAUUUCCGUCGCCAUGUUGGGCGUGUUGGGCUAGCG